UGUAACAAUUUCAGAUAUCUAGCACGGAAGGUUUUGGAACGUAUCGUCCUAUGCCAUCUGGAAAUCAUCCAGAACAAUGCCCCUCACCAAUCGAAGAAAUAAAAACGUUGUUGAAUCUUGCACGUAUUCUGGAAGAACAAGAAAAACCAAAGCCUAAACCGUUUAACCCCGAAGAAUUGAUAAUGAAGUUGGUCAAUGCUUUAGUGGUAACUUCUACCCAAAAUAGAUGCCCCUCUGAGUACGGUUAUGGUGGCAGAGGUACGUCAGGAGGAUCCCAGGGCGCUUCAAGAGGUCAAAGAGAUGGUUUAGUGAAUCUGGACCUUCUCAAUCCCAACAAUCCAAAUAACGUGGCUCAGCUUGACCUUGGAAAGCAAACAGUUGCCGGAAUCGGUAUUGGAGAUACUACAAAUGGGGUCGUUGGUGGUGCCCUUAAAGAUCUACUUUAA